AUGGAGGAGGUGGGAGGUGAGAUGAAGGUGGAGGAAAUGGAAAUGGCAUUGGAAGAGAUCGAUAUGGAGGUAGGGGGGGAGGAGGUGGAAGACGUGGAAGUGAAAGAGGCGGCAAACAAAGCCCUGGCCCAGCUACUAGGACACGGAGAAGCGGUGUGGGCCCUCGGGUGCUGCCUGAGCCCCGGGGCGUGGGGACCAGCAGGGUCUCACUGGCCUCUGCCCCCAGCCGCCGUGGCGGAGUGUCUGGUGGGGACCAUGGUGAGGCGCAAACGUGCUCCGAAGCCGCAGAGGAAACCCAGGGACUUGGUACCCCAGCUCGACCGGACAAACCUCCUGCAGUGGGUGCUGCGGCGACGGGCGAGCGGGGGGCCAACAGGCAGCAGCACGGGGCAGAAGGCCCUUCUGCACAGGUUGAUCUUUGUGGCGAGGAUCUCCCCGGAGCUAGUGGACAAGCGUGAGCUGGCAGGGUACUGGGACCGGCUUUUCCAGAGCUUGCAGCGCUACUACCAAGGUGAAGCUGUCACGGGGCUGCUGCUGCUGUACCCCUCCUGCAUGGCCCACGUGCUCGAGGCCUCCAGCGAUGUGCUGUUCUCUGUGCUGCGGGACCUGCGGGACCUGCGGCAGCAGGGACACAGGCCCCUCGUUUUGGACCCCAAGAUUCUGGUGCUGUCGCACAACAUCCCCUCGCGGCUCUUCCGGGAGUGGAGCUACAAGGUGCUGAGCGUGUCCGUGAGGCCCAGCGAUGACAGCACUGAGCCCCUCGAGGGCGUCGCAAGCGAGUGUUUGGCCAUGCUGCUGAGGCUCGGCAUGCUCUUGCUGAAAUGCCCUGAGAGCCCCCCGCACCUCCUUGACAACCUGGUGGAGCAGGUCCCGGAGCUGCUGGGUUUUGAGGCCACCGUCGGCCACCUUCUGGCUUGCCAUGAGCUGCAGAGCCCCGAGCAGUUCCUGCAGGCCUACGACACCCCCCUGCACCCGGGCCUCGACGCGGCCUGCGUGUGGCCGGUCUCCGAGCACAUGGCGCUCCCCUCCAUGGCCUGGGAGCAGGCCGGGCCGGCGGGCACGGCUGCCUGA